GACCAGACAUCAAGUUAAUUCGGGCUCUUACCCGUAUCCCGACCUACCUUGUCUCACGCAGCAGCUGGCCCCUCUGGCUUGGUGGCUCGACGUUGAUCAAUCUCAGCUGCCCGUUGGUGCGCCACCCAGGGCCCGAAGGAAGCAUUGAGAAUCCGAAUACAAAUAUCCCGGUAGACCGCAGCUAAAACUGCCCAUCUGAGGCUGCAUCUGGUUGCCUUCCUGCAGUUCGCCUGCGCAUGCAACGUUCACCACUUGUUCCGGUCUCUGGUCUACCACUCAGGUCUUGAGGAUGCCCGCACAUUUAUCACUUUCAAUGGAGACGUUUGGUCAGCAGAGCCCAGUGCCAACCCCAGACGUGGUGCCUAUUGAUUUGUCCUUGUCGAGGACAGCGUCUCUUCUCGUCACAGCCCCGCCACCUUCUCUAGCCACUGAGGAUUAUGGCUCGGAUUUCAGCGCCGGGGAAGAGACAGUGGUCGGGGAAGAUCAAAUCACCAAGAAAUCCCCAGCGGUAGUCAUUGAUCCCAUUGACUGCUCGUUCAAGUCGAGAGUUCUUUCAACCCUAGGGUGGAUGUGCUGCUUUUAUCCACAAAACGAUGCCGAUGACGAGUCCUGGUUUGGGUGCAAGGGACAGACAUUUCCUCCACAGUGGAAGCUCGACGAUCUUGCCUCAGCGCAUGAGUCCAGUCAUGUAUUCCCGAAUCAAUGGUCAAGCCCUUCGGAGACAACCAUCUCAUCGUCUGCUCCAAGGCCCUCUUCGGGAAUCUAUAUGACUGCGAGAGACGACUCAUCAUCGCAAGUGAGCAUCGCUUCCGCGACCACAGCUCCGUCCUUUGUGGAAGAAAGCCGCGCAAUCGAGCAUAUGAAGUUUUUGGGUUACAAGGACAGCAUGGACGUGGCUGAUGCCAACCCCAAAGCAACAGUCAUUGGCACAGAUAUAGCGGCUAUCCAACGUACCAGUUACCUCGGCAACGUAACAUUCUAUGUCGAUGACGCCAAUAAAACUGAUUGGGCCUGGGGUCAUCGUUUCAACUUUGUCCAUAUACGAGGCCUGAAUGGCGGGAUCAAGAGUUGGGCAGCGACACUUCGGGAAGUAGCCUCUUGCUUGCAUGCUGGAGGUGUAACUGAGAUUUCCGACAUGGUCUGGCGUCCACCAAACCCUCCAAUUCCUGGCAGCGUUUGGUUUGACUGGUACAAGAUGUUCAAAUUCCUUACGAAUGCCAAGGGUCUUGACGUUGACUUGUACGAGAAUAACCGUGCCCAGGGUGAGCUAGAGAAGCUUGGCCUAGAGGUUCUGUUCUAUUCCAGCCGCAAACAUUCGGUCGGAUACAAAACACACAUUUACGAUGAUCGCAGGGUUCUCGUUUGCGUUGUUGAGCAGAUGAAAGGAGCCUUGGCCCGGGCUACGGAGGUUGUGCCUUGGCCUGUGAACCUAGGCAGCCUGAUGCACCGAUUGGAGACGGAAAUCUUCGACAAGGGGGUCGUAAUCGAGGUAUUCAAAGUCAUUGCCCGAAAGCCCGCAGGGCAGUGAUUUAGGCUAUUCGAAGGAGACUGAUGAUGAUCUUGCAUUCUAGUAAUGGCAUGAGUGUCUUGUUUUUUUGUAUUUAAUAGAAAUGUACUAUAAUUGCAUUAUACUGAAAGG